AUGUCGCAACCGAAACAAGUGGUAAUAGUAGGAGGGUCGUAUGCAGCAAUUUCGGCCCUCAAAACCAUUGCAGCUUCAACCAAGACCCAGUUAUCCAUCACUGUCGUGGCACCAAGCACCAAGUCAUUUUUCAAUGUGGCAGCGCCGAGAUUGUUGGUUGACCCCAGCUUGAUCCCACAAACACUCUUUUCAUUAGAAGAGACAAUACAAAAGUCGACUGAGUUGACCAUCCAUGAGUCGAGAUUCAUUCACGCCAGCGCUGACUCGUUGGACCUCGACCAGAAUGAGCUCACAAUCAAAACCAGCGACGGUAAAAAGGAGAUCUUACGCUAUGACUAUUUGGUGAUUGCCUCGGGAGCAAGAUCGAUUUCCCCCGCGUGGAAACUCAACCAUGAGAAAGACUACCAGUACGCGGUGGACGAGAUUGAGAAAUUGAGCAGUGCUAUCAAGGACGCGAGCUCGAUUGCUAUUGUUGGGGGCGGUCCCACGGGGGUGGAGACUGCGGGUGAGUUGGCUACCGCGUACAAGAACAAACAUAUAACAUUGUACACGGGGUCGCCAGCUCCCUUAUCUGCACAACUCCCCAAUCACAGUAAGUCCACUAUUGCCAAGCUUGAAAAGUUGGGAGUUGAAAUCAUUAAUGACCAGCGCGUCACGAGGACAUCUACCGGUGUAUCAUACGAUGGCAAGAGCAAAGACUACGAUGUGGUGCUUGAAGCGCAGCAGCUUUACCCCAACACCGAGUUUGUCCCCGCUGCACACCUCGACUCGUCCAAGUUCUUAAUCACCGACGAGCAUUUGCGCGUUCCAAAACACCAUAACGUGUUGGCAUUGGGGGACGUGUUGAGCUUGGGAGCGAGGUCCAUUGUAGACUUGAGCUACGUGCAAAAACCGGUGUUUGAAAAGACGGUGGCUCGCGAGAUUGGCGGCGACCAACGCGUGCAGUUGAAGAAGUACCAACGCGCUGGAAGUGUUACCAUUCUUGUCCCCUUGGGGCCAAGUGGUGGUGUUGGGUCCAUUUCCGGGUGGAGCGUGCCUAGUUUUCUUGUGUGGUUGACUAAAGCUCGUGAUUAUAUGAUUCCAAGGGCAAAAAAUUUGUUAGAGUAG